UACAAACUUCCAACACCAGUUCAAAUGCAAGCUGUUCCCGUCUUACUUUCUAAAAAAGAUUGUCUGGUAGCUGCUCCAACUGGUUCAGGUAAAACUGUUGCAUUUUGUUUACCAAUGUUAUGCCUAUUAGGAAAACCAAAGAAGGAGGGUUUUAGAGGAUUAAUUAUUACUCCAACAAAGGUUUUAGCUGACCAAAUAUUUAGAAAUUUAGAGGUACUAGGAAGUGGAAAGGAUUGGAAGAUUCUGAGGGAUAACCACAAAUUCCAAUCAAAGAGAAACGAUAUUUUAAUUUCAACUCCAAUGCGUCUUUUAAGUAUGAUUAAGAGUGGAAUAAUUGAUUUGACUAACGUGGAAAUGCUUGUUUUUGAUGAGGCUGAUCGUUUGUUUGAUUUAGGAUUUAUAGAACAGGUGGAUGAAAUUUUAGGUUUUUGCACUAAUCCUAAUUUGGUAAAGACAUAUUUCAGUGCUACUAUUCCUUUAAGUUUGGAACAUACUCUCAAAACUCAGACCUCUUUAUUGAAAAUAGACUCUGUCCAAGUUAGUAUUGGUGUAAGAAAUGCAGGUCCAGACACUAUUGAACAAAAAUUAAUAUUUGUUGGAUCUGAGGAAGGAAAAUUACUUGCUCUUAAGGAAAGAAUAAGAAUUGAAGGAUUGAAACCUCCAGUACUUAUUUUCGUUCAAUCAAUAGAUAGAGCAAAACAAUUAUAUAAGGAAUUAUUAUUUACAUUGACAAGCACUACAGGAAUGUCUUCAAAUUACAUUCACGGAAAGAGAAGUGAUAAGAAAAAUCAUGAAGUAAUUCAGAAUUUCAGAACUGGUAAAACUUGGGCUUUAAUUUGUACAGAUGUCAUGGCUCGUGGUUUGGAUUUUAAGAAUAUUAGUUGUGUUAUUAAUUAUGACUUUCCAACCUCAGUACCAAAUUACAUUCACAGAAUUGGUAGAACUGGUAGAGCUGGACAAAAAGGUGAAGCUCUUACAUUCUUUACGUAUGCAGAUAUUCCUCUUUUAAAGAACAUUGCUGAUGUAUUGAAAAAUUCAGGAUGUCCUGUACCUGAUUACAUGUCAGAAAUUAAG